CAAAGGAGCGUCGUCAACAACAGCGACGGCGGCGGCAGUGUUAUUCACGAGUAACGCGCCGUAGCGUUUCGUAGCCCGCCACUGCACGUCCAGCUCAUCCGAGCACACUCGAACACGUCCCGCCGAUUGCGCGCGCUAUAAUAUUAUUAAUUCGUGUGGUACAGCACACGAUUAUUUAUCGCGAUUAAUUUUUUUUUCGAGUCCACUCCGUUCCGUCGGUAGGAAAAAAAUUAAUUUUUUUUCCCGUCAUCAAAACGAAUCGCGUUUGCGAUACUAUUUACAUUUCUCCCGAUCAGUCAUCGACGACCGGCGGGGGCCCGUCCGUUAAUCCCGUAGUGAUCAUAAUAUUAUUAUAAUAUUAUAAUAAUAUACACUGUCUACCGCGGUAUCAUUCAUUAUCAUUAUCGUUACUAUUAUCAGCCGAACAACGUUCGACCAGGGCUACACACACGUUUGCCCGUCCGUCCGUCCUUCAUUCACGACGGAGUUUCACGCAGACGCCCGGUGGACGGAAACCACUGUCAUCGCAGGCGUUGGAAGUAUAUGAUGUUGGCCCGGCGCCGCAGACGCCGAUACCGACGUGACAACGCCACAGCGACCGUAAGGAAGACAGUGACCAGUGGAUCAGCAGCAGUAGUAGCGAAAGCGUCAGCGACAUCCACAUCGACAGCAGCAGCGGCGUUCAGAGACAUCAGCAACAGCAGCGACCGCACAUCAGUGACGUCGAGCAGACAUGACGACGACCGUGGGUCUGCUGUCGCCUUUGUUGCCACCGACUGCGGUGACCGCUGCCGUGGCCGAAGAGCACCAGCAACAGGAUUACUAUUACAUGCCGCAGCCGCAGCCCACUCGCGUCGUACGCAUGAAAAUGUGGAGUGACGACGACGACGAAAAUAAUUAUUGCGCCGACGACAAUUCGACGAAUAGUUUCUUAUUACUGAACAACAUGGGUAUUCAUGUUCCUCCGAUGACAACGAGCAUGUCAAAUGAAACUGGCAGUGAAUCAAAUGCAUGUAAAAGACGAUUAUCCUCGUCAUCAGAAAAUGAUCAUAUUCCUAAAAUAGCUAGGCGUAUGGUUAAUAACGAGGAUCUAUUGCAAAAUGAUCAUAUUGUCGAGCAAUUGGAUACGGCGUCUCGACUAGACGAUGAUGAUGCAACAUCAUCCAUUGUUGCUGCUAUAGCGGCCGUUACUGAUGAUUCAGAUUGCAGUAUUGAUGAUGAUGAUGAUGAUGAAGACGAUGAUGAUGACGAAGAUGACGACGACGAUGAUCAAUACUUGCCCGCUGGUAGUUUGUCACUAUCCUCGUCCAACAGUAGCAAUAUCACAAAUUCAACAAAUUCUUCUUCAUUGUCGACACUGUCGCCUUCCCAACAGCAUCAUAAUCAGAACCAUUGGAGGCAACAUCACCAACAGCAGCAAACUAUCAAAUGUGACACUAACGGUAAGUGUUAUUUGGAUUUAGGUAGCGGUGGUAGCAGCACAACGCUGACAACAACCAUGGCUACAAUACAACCACGAAUCAACAGUGAACCGGAGUGCUGUGAGCUGGGCCGUUGUGUACCUUCAACACAGUGUUACAGACGGCGUAGAGCUGCAGUGUUUGAUGCAUCAAUGCGCAAAUUAGGAAAAUCAAGUGGUGGGUCUGGUAACAGCUCACAACAAAGUUGCGAAGCUGGACUCCGGAGGUCUGUGCUCAUUUGCAACACGCUAAGAUUGAUUGAGCGUGAAAUGACACGAGAAGCUGCUGCUGCAGCGCAACAGGCUCAACAACGGCGUUGCUGUGCAACGACAACAUCCACUACGUCACAGCAAUUGAUCCAACAGCAACAAAUUGAUGUUUCACACCAACAUAAUAACCAUAACAGCAACAACAGACGAUCUCCCACUCCAUAUCCCACGGAGUACAGAAAUGGCCGACCGGAAAUGAUGGUUGAACAUAACAGCAGUAGCAGCAGCAGCAGCAGCAGUAGUAGCAGCACAUCAGAUUCCAUUGACUCAGGUGUUGAUGACGAAUACUAUUAUGAUGAAGAUGAUGACAAUGAUGAUCAUCAUCAUGGCCAUACCACAGUGAUGGCAAAUAAUCAUCAAGAUUUAAAUAACCAUCAUCUCCAAUAUUACCAUUUGAACGGAAGUAUUGAAGAUUGUGACAAUUAUAUUAACUCCGAUGAUUAUGACGAAGAUGAUGAUGAUGAAGAUGACGAAGACGACACUAAUAAUUCCCCUUUAACUGAACUACAAAUUUAUGAUAACAGUUUCAAUAAUAAAAGAAACACAGCAAUGAGUAUUGGUGAUGACCAUUGUGACGAUAACAUACUUCCAUUAAUAGGUAAUAGUAACUCAACUACAGUUACAUCUAUCGAUUGGGGUUCAGUUCUAAGUUUGUCAUCGUCGAACAGCAACAAUAAUGGCAAUAAUUCACAGUCUACAUCGUCAACUUCAAUAACAUUGAUGAACAAUAUUGAUAGCGAUUGUGAUGAUAUCACAACAAUAAUAUCUACUACAAAUCUAGAUCGCAAAUCUCAACAACAUAAACGUAGGAGGCGACACUAUAAACAUCAUUACCAUCAUAGUCAAAUUCAUACAAAACACAGACAUCACCAUUCCCAUCACCAUCAAAGGUCGCAAAAACGACGAGAGCGUGGAAUUACAUCUUCAUUACCAAUGUCAAAAAACAGGACAUCAAAUUAUCAAGUUCUGUCUCAAGUAGGCCCUUGUAAUAACGAAUAAACUACCUACUUAAUAAUCGCAAUAAUACGCUCAUUGGAAAGUUGCAACAAAUUUUAAAAAGUAUCAACACAGAGGUGUCUGGCUUUGAUAUUACAAUGGCAAACUAUAUUUACCUAGAUGUUUACACGUGUACCUGAUAGAUCACAUAUUAUAUAAUUAUUGAAUGCCUACCUAAAAAGGUAUGGAUAUGCAAAAAGCAACCAACAAGGAUGGCUGUGUAAUAUUAUAACCACCGGGCAGCUCAAUUAUUAUUAUUAUUUUUUAAUUUUAAUGUAGGUUAUGUUAUAUUUUAUUAUCUCUUAUAGUAUAUAUUUGUGCGGACGUAUGUUUUUUUUUCAAAAUAAAUUAAUAACCAAACAUUAUUAAAUUUUCCAUCAUAACACUUUCACAAUAACAAUUUAAUGUUUUGCAAUAAAUAUAUAUGAAUGUGUUGAUAUUAUGUCGUAUAAUAUGUUAAGAGACUCUUGUUACCAUUUUAAAAGUUUUAUAUAUAAUAUAGUAUAUAUAUAAAUUUUAUAUAUAUAUUAUUAUUAUUAUUAUUAUUAUUAUUGCGUAUCGUAAUAUUAGGUAAUAAAUUAUAUAAUAUUACAAUCAAUUGUUUUAUAGAAUUAGGAUCCAUAUUUCAGUUACAGAUAUAGUAAGGACUCCCUCACAUACACACAAAAAAAAAAAAAAACAAUAUACCAUUAAAUAUUUUAUAGCAUGAA